GCACCCUCGUCAGUCAUAGCGUCGUCGCACGUUUUCGAAGUUCAAUAUUAAGACGCUGUCCGUGACCGAUCAUUCUAUUCGGCCGGCUACGACGCGCCACACGUCUUACUGUAGCUUGGCGUCCGUGAACACGUUCGUGAUUUUGAAAACCUAUCGAUGUCGUGUUUUCGUGGUGUACCGUUGUUUUUGCGACUGUCUUGAAUUCCAGAUUGGAUAUUCCAUAUCAACUAUGAACAGUCCAUCAGCCUUUUUCAAAAUGUAAGCUUACUAUCAAUGUGAAGCUACAAGGUUACAAGCUCAAAUCAUGGUAUUAUUUCUACGCAUUUUCAUAUGCAUAAGUUGUUUUGUCUUCAAUACGUUUACUUUUUGUACAAGUACUAUUAAAACUGAAACUAGUUUCCUGAAAACCGUCAAAUUUAUUGCAAGUGUCAAUACCGAGGUUCCAUCUGUAGUGUGGCAACAAAAGCAAGUUACGAAUCUAACACACGAUUGCAGCAUCAAAUCGGAUCGUAAUAGUGGUUUGACAUGCCGUGAUUCGACGGCAGUAAAAAAUAUUUCGAAACGUUUGGCGACUGUUUUGAACAAAAACUUAACCAACACAAACCUUACCAAGACAAAUCUUGGUACCACAAAUCUAACAACGGCAAAACCGAAACCACCGAAAUCCAUUGCUGCUACAACUAAGACGCCUCCCAAUGUCACGAAACCUGCUAAAUUUGUACAGAAAAACAAUUUGAGAUACCGCGAGGGCACGGUUUGGCCUAAGCUCGACAAAAGGUUAAGCGAUGCCGCGCACAAAACGCCCAAUGUCAACAUGUCGAAUUACACAGAGGAGAUCGUAGUCAUGUCAGACUUCAAGACCAAAUAUCCAAUCGACACAUGGAAAGAACACGGGUUCUACACGGACGAUUACAUGAAGUUAAUCAACAGCCAUUGGUUCAAAUUCAUGCCUCCUAAUGCCACGUCACACUACAUUCUCGGAUUUCUGUACUCCGUCAUCAUGGUACUCGGUUGUUUCGGGAACUCACUGGUGAUUUUCAUGUACAUCAAAUGUAAAUCAUUGCAAACGCCCGCCAACGUGUUGAUAAUGAAUUUAGCAGUCAGCGAUUUCAUUAUGCUAGCGAAAACACCGGUUUUCAUAUACAACAGUUUUUAUCAAGGUCCUACGCUGGGAAAAUUGGGCUGCCAGAUCUAUGGUUUUUUUGGUGGCUUGACGGGAACUGUGUCCAUCAUGACGUUAGCCGCCAUAUCGUUGGACCGGUAUUAUGUGAUAGUGCACCCUCUGAACGCGGCCGUGAAAACUACCAAACAGCGGGCCAGGGUGUGGAUAGGCCUGAUAUGGAUCUACGGAUUCUUGUUCUCCAUUAUACCGGUAAUGGACCUGGGGUACAACCGAUACGUACCGGAAGGAUACCUAACUAGUUGCAGUUUUGACUACCUGUCGGAUGACAAUCAAGAGAAAGGGUUCAUAUUGGUGUUCUUUACGGCGGCGUGGUGUAUACCGUUCACCACGAUAUCGUACUGUUACAUUAAGAUACUGAGGGCGGUUUGGAUGACCAGCGAAAUGGCCGCCAGCCGGUUCGGCCAGGAGGAAGAAAAGAGGAAGACGGAAAUAAGACUGGGAUAUGUGGUGGUUGGGGUCAUCAUGCUGUGGUUCGUGUCAUGGACGCCGUACGCCAUGGUGGCCCUACUAGGCGUAUUCGAUCGGAAAGAUUACAUCACACCACUGAGUUCGAUGAUCCCGGCGGUGCUUUGCAAGGCUGCCAGCUGCAUGGACCCUUGGAUAUACGCUAUCACGCACCCAAGGUUCAAAAACGAAUUGACAAAGCUCAUGUCGAGAAAGAAGACCAGGAAAUUGGAGCGGGAUUAUGGUAUGAAGAAGAACUGGGGAGGCCAGUCAUAUUCCAACAAGAGCGGCGCCGGUCUUAGGAACCUCUCUAGCUCAGAAGAUGAGUGUGUGGAAGAGGUGAUCGUCGUGAUUGAUCCAGACGACAAGAAGAUGAAACGACAAGGAUCGACUUCCAGUCACAAAACCGAAGAGACCAAAGCGCUGGAGACAAAGUUCCCACCCACAAGGCAGGAGAGUCUGAAGUACAUGCCGCCCAGCUGGUACAAGCUGCCCCGAACUACGUCUAAAAGCAGCAUCAUGUUAGACCCAAAACUUACAGGAGAUGAUAAUAAUAAGUAAUAACGUUCUUGUCGAGCUUGCCAACGAGCCCACGAUGAGUUUGAAGAUUUUAAAUGAUAAACGCUGUGAUUAAAAUGCUAGUCUAUAUUAUAUUAUUAUUAUAUUAUGUACAAACAUAAUAUUAUAUAAUCUGAUCUCACACUCUGUGUUAAGGGAAAUUUACGAACAUGUAUUUACGUAUAAUGUUGUCCUUAUGAUCGUAAAUGUUUUAGUGCUUAUUUGUAUGCGUCUGUCGUGUAUAAAAAUAAAAUAUAAACCCCACACACGCAGCCACUAACGCGUAUUGACGUGCACUCCACCCACCGGCAUGACAGUAUAUAUAGAGUUAAUAAUUCGAUACGUCAACAGUUAAACCACGACAUUUAUCUUACAUUGAUAUGCAGUUUAUUGAUACGGAGGUCGACGCACUCGAUAUAAAAUUAUGUACGUUCAAAUAUUAUUUGUUUGCAUGCAUUUUAUGUUUAUAAAAAAUGAAUACGUGUGAUCCUUAAGCGUAUUACUGCAAAGCUACCGUAAACCCAUUAUUUUAUUACUAUAACCAUAUAUUGAUGUGAUUAAGUUUGUACGCACUUUUUAUCUUACCAUCUUCCAUAAGGGUAGUUUUUGAUUAAUGUUGAACAAACAAUUGCAUCAAAAAGUCGAAAGCGGUCAAUUAAUAAUAUACACACACACACACACACACACACACACACACACACACACACACACACACACACACACACACACAUAUUGAGUACACUCUCUGAUAAUAUUAUAUUUACCAUUACGUAACUAUUUAACUUUUAAAGCCCAUAAUAAUACUAUGCCCAUGUGUGUUUUAAAAUAUAUUGAAGAUCAAACAAUUUUUCUAUAGUUUAAAACUAACAUAAUCAAAACUACUCAAGGAUUUGAAAAAUAUUAUUCUUUAAUAGAAAGACAUCGAUAUGUAGGUAAAUCAUUAUUUUACCAGUAGGAUACCAUCGAAUUAAUAAAAUUAGAAGUAUAAUAGUAGUUCCAUUCAUGGCAGUCAACCACGGUGUCACUUUUUUGUGAAACAUGACGUGUUUAAAUGAAAUGUACUUCAUGACUUGUUUUAAAUUCGCGUUUAUAAAAUUUGGUUUUUUUUACCAACAAUCUCUUUUAAAUUCAAAUCUAUGUCAAAAUAAGAAACUGACAAUUUUUAUUUGUUUUUUUAGUAUAUGCAUUUUACAAUGCUGAAAUUCACGUAGAUGCACGUAGUCUGUCACUGAUAUUUUUACUUCCGGUAAACAUGAUAUAGAUAGGUACACCUAGAUGGUGCAAUAUUGUUUUAUAUGUGGUUCAUUAUAAAACAAUAAUAAUAAUAAUAAUAAUUGACUGGUUAUGUGAAUGAUGAAAUUAUAUGAUUAUCAUAUUAUUAUGAAAAACAUUGAGAUUUGUACGUAUACGUGUACUUGCCGUCGUGCAUCGAAUUAAUGCUUACCCACACAUUACGAUCGUAAUAUGAGGUAAAUUUAAGACAUGUCCUGCAGGGUGAUUAACUUAUAUAAGCAUAUCCUAAUUAGUUUUCUAGUGAACAAUUAUUUUUUUACUAUAUAAUAUUUAUAAAUGUUUAGUUGUAUAUUAUAAAUUCACGACAGUAUAAUAGUCAGUGCAAUAAUGCAAUAUAAAACGAAGUUUUCUCAUUCCUGGUAAGCUUAAAUUUUAUAUUAUGUCCCAUCGGUAAAUUAUACGACCCCCGGGUUGCACAUUACUUGAUACAAUAUUUGUAUUCCAGCGAAUUCCAUUAGUAGGUACAUUACGGUGUUACACAGAUAUUUCAGUAUAUUUUUUGCAACACUCCGACUACCCAGUAGGUAAAUCAGAACAGACAUAAUAAAUUACUAUAAAUGUAUAAUCCAUAUGAUUAACGAUAUUAUUAUUGGUACCUACGCAACAAUCUAAUAAAAUCCUGCUAUUUUGUUUGUAACCUAACCUCUAUAUUUAACACUUAAUGUGCCGCAAAAAAAUUAUGGCUUUCAUUUAUCGUCUUAUUGCUGUAAUCACAACUUUCAUAUGUUUCUGAAACAAAUACUUGCGAUAGUAAUAAUCAGUGGCGUACGCAGGAUUUUAAAUUGGUGGGGGUCAGGGGGGAUUGACAAUAAAUUAUAAUUUUAUUUUUAUUUUGUCCAGUCUAAUAAUUGUAGACGUUUAGAUGUACUUUUAGGAGCUCGAAACCGAAAAUUCUCAGAACUUUUUUUAAAUAAUCAGAAAAAAACAAAAAUAAAUAAAUGAAAAUUUGUUGAAAUUGUUCGGUAACCAUUGUCAAAUUAAGACCGUCUUCGAUUGAAUUGUAUUUGAUUAAUUUUAGAUUUUUUCUUAAAAUGUCGAUGAAAAUUAUUCGUUCGGUCAAAAAGCUUAAAAUGAAAUACAAAGUUCGUCAUAAGUUUUUACCAUGGCUAUUUAAGAAUUUUAACGAUACAUAGGCACGAUUAAUUUUUAUAAGCAUUUAAAGUUAAAAUUAUGGCAAAAUCACAAUUAAUUUGUAGUUUAAAAUAUAUAAAAUAUUAAAUUUGUAUAGCUAAGGCUUGGCAAUUUAAUACAAGGUAUUUCAUGCAAAUACAAUGUUUUUUUCAAAAACUGAAUCGGUAAGACGUAUAUGAAUUAUGUCUUGCUUACUAGUUAACGGCAGUUGAAACUUGACAAAUAUUUUUU